AUGAUGUUGCGGUACGAGAUGGUAUUACCGCCAAAGCUGCUUUUUGUUCGGUCGUUCAUGCUGCUAUUCUUAAUUUUUCAUAGCGUAAAUGCACAAAACUAUGAAGGUCGCCGAUUGAAACCAUGUGAGCUGGAAUCAUUGCUAAGAGAUCUAACUUACCCCGAGGAAGGUUACGAAAUGCAUGCUGUGGCGCUUCGCAAUCAAUUGCGACAUAUUUUGGAGCGUGAUCCUUCUGAAAACUAUCAGAAUCUCGAUGACAGUUCGGAAGUAAGCAAUGGUCCGUAUGAAGACAAGCGGUCGUAUCGCUCUCUUUUGCGAGAUGGAGCCGUCUUUGGUAAACGAAAUGUGGGGGCACUAGCACGGGCCGGAUUACUGCGAAAUCAACCGGAAUACCUCAAACGUAGCUUGGCAACACUAGCCAAAAAUGGCCAGCUACCGUCGCGUGACACAGAAUCCGAGGACACAACACCUGAUGAUGGCGAAUGGAAUGAAGAUAAGCGUAAUGUUGCAUCAGCGUUGAAGGCAGGUUAUAUGCUGAACGGAAAACGUACCAUUGCUUCGUUGGCUAGAAAGUAUGAAUUGCCUGGCAAGCGAAACAUUCAAUCUUUGCUCCGUACUGGAAUGCUUCCGUCAAUUGCACCGAAACGUAAUAUACAGUCACUCGCUCGAGAAAAUGCACUCGCAGGAUACGGAAAUGUUGAUAAACGAAACAUUCAGACACUGGUACGCGAUUGGAGUUUACCGAAACAACAUAACAAGCUUUCCGAGGGCGGCAGCUCAACAGGUGAUAACGAGAAACGCAACAUACAAUCAUUGAAGAAUGCGCAAGGUAAUGGACGUAAAAAGCGAUCGUUGUACUAUGACGAAUUGGAGGAAAGCAGCCCGGAAGUUUUGGAACCUGUUUUCCAAACCGCUCCACUGGACUACGAGGAACUCAUGGAAGCAAUGGUGCAAACAUAUCCUCUCUACAGCACCGACAAUCACCUUGAGGAAAAACGAUUUCUUGGCCUCAGAAGAAGCGAAGACAUCACCAAUUAUGGAGAUGACAGAACGGAUGCGGAUCUGCCAUUGCGAAGCACGCCACUCGUAAAGCGUCACAUUGCCUCGAUAGUACGGUCCGGCUGGACACCAUCGUUCCGGCCGUCGCGUGGAAAUCGCUUCAGCCGGGCCGGCAGGGCGAGGUCGAAUUUUACUCCCGACCCGAGCCACUACGACAACCAACCAGCGGCGUAUGUAGACAAUGCAUUCAUGGAUUCAGAGGCACCGCUAGUUGGGGAGCUCCAGGGUUACAAUCCACGUGGGGUGCUGCGCCGCCCAGAGUUGCCGCGCUACACUGGCGAGGGCUUCGCGAAUCACCCGUACGUGCACGAAGAGUUCAGUGAACGUGUAAAUCCUUUCUUCACGGAUGAGGAAUAUCGUUGCGCUAACCGUCUCCGUAAGUUACUCUAUUAUCUGAAGAAACAGUAUUAUCUUGACAAUAAAUACAUACAAGCAACUUAUGGCAGAAAUUCAGGCUACCUGAAGUAA